AUGGCGUCCUGGCAGGCUUCUGUGAAUAGAUUCUGUUAUCAGUAUCUGCAACUAGAAGCCGAGCCGAGCCUGCCCCCCCCCCAAUUUCUCAAACUGUCCGAUGCCCAAGAAGCCAUUUACGAGGGCGCGUUUGCAGACAGUGUACGCCAUGCGCCGCCGCAACGAUAUCAACAGCGUGUGCUCAAAGCCCUGGUCGCCGCCAUUGAAGAGAGCAUAGAUGACUGGGAGGAAUAUGCGCUUUCUGAUGAUCUCAUGUCGGCUCUGACGGUGCUCCUCGCCACGCCGCUGCCGUCCGAAGUCGACGCCGCCCAGCAGAAAUGCUACGUGACCUACGCGCUGUCGCUGCUCCCGCCACCCGCCGCCGGCGCACCGCAACCCACAAUCACGCUGCUGGAGAACCGCUCGCUCAUCUCGGCGGGCGGCACCACCGGCCUGCGGACGUGGGAGGCGGCGCUGCACCUCGGCCAGUACCUCUGCGAGCGGCCGGCCCUUGUGCGCGGCAAGCGCGUGCUGGAGCUCGGCGCCGGCACGGGCUACCUGUCCAUCCUGUGCGCGCGUCAUCUCGAGUCGGCGCACGUGCUCGCGUCGGAUGGCUCCGACGACGUGCUCAGCAACAUCCCGGACAACCUGUACCUCAACGGCCUGCAGGACGCCGGCGGGACGCCGUCGGCGCGGAUCGCGCCCAUGGACGUCAAAUGGGGCCACGCCCUCGUCGGCGCCGAGGAGCAGCGGUGGAACGGCGGCCGCGGCGUGGACGUGGUGCUCGGCGCCGACAUUACCUACGACGGGAGCAUGAACUGCGCGCUGGUCGCGACACUGCUGGAGCUGUUUGCGCUAUAUCCGGGCGUCCAGGUGUACUUGUCGGCGACGCAGCGCAACCAUGCCACGUUUCGGGUGUUUCUGGACGCGUGCCGAGAGAACCAGCUGGCGGUGGAGGAUCUGCAGUACGGCAUCACGCCGCGGGAGGAGCAGACCGGACCGUUCUACAAUGAUGAGGUGGAGAUACGGGUUUGCAAGAUUAGCAGACUAGCUUGA